AUGUCUCCGUACAAAAUCGCCGUGAUCCCCGCCGACGGCAUCGGGCCCGAAGUCGUCGAUGCCGGCAUCGAAGUUUUGCAGGCGCUGGCUGCCAAGCUGAACUUGUCUUUCGAAUUCACAAACUACGACUGGAACUCGGAAACCUACAAGACCACCGGUGCUUAUAUUCCCGCGGGCGGGUUGGACGAUUUGAAGCGCCAUGAUGCGAUCUUGUUCGGCGCUGUGGGUGCACCGGAUGUCCCCGACCACAUCUCCCUCUGGGGCCUCCGACUAGCAAUCUGCCAACCAUUUCAGCAAUACGCCAAUGUCCGACCGACCCGUAUCCUCCGCGGCACCCAAUCCCCCCUCCGCAACUGCCCUCCGGGAUCGCUCGACUGGGUCAUUGUCCGAGAAAAUAGCGAAGGUGAAUAUGCCGGACAAGGUGGUCGUUCGCACCGCGGAUUCCCGUGGGAAGUCGCUACCGAGACAGCGAUUUUUUCGCGCGCAGGCGUGGAGCGCAUCAUGCGGUUCGCAUUCGAUACGGCUGCCAAGAGACCCAAGAAACACCUUACUGUCGUAACGAAGAGUAAUGCACAGCGCAAUGGAAUGGUCCUGUGGGACGAAGUUGCGGCUAUUGUCGCAAAGGACUAUCCGCAGGUCACGGUGGAAAAGAUGUUAGUCGAUGCGAUGACCACAAAAAUGGUGCUCAAGCCGGAGAGUAUCGACACGCUUGUCGCGAGUAAUCUGCACGCCGAUAUCCUCUCCGACCUGGCGGCCGCUUUAGCCGGGUCAAUUGGUAUCGCACCCACUUCUAAUCUAGACCCAACUCGGCAACAUCCCAGCAUGUUCGAGCCAAUUCACGGCUCAGCCUUUGAUAUUACGGGCAAAGGAGUGGCUAACCCGGUGGGGACUUUCUGGACCGUAGCGGAAAUGCUUGAUUGGCUUGGUGAGGAAGCCGCGGCGCAGAAAUUGAUGGAAUGUGUGGAAAAAGUGUGUGAGAAGGGAAUUCUCACGGCCGAUCUGGGAGGAAGCGCGAAGACAAAGGAAGUCACAGCAGCAGUUGUGGGGGAAAUUGGAGGGUUAUCGUAG